AUGGCCUAUAGAACCUACAGUUUUAAAGCUUCGUUUUCCAUUUCCGAAGGGGAUGUAAAUAUCAAACUACAUCGGGCGACGACUUUAGCCGAACAAAAGUUAAAGUUACGUUAUUACAAAUACAUUGACUAUAUACUACAGCUCUCGACUAAAGUGGUUGGGCUAAUGCAAUUUUCACAAGCGACAACACCGCAACCCAUCAAAAGGGUAUUUGCCGAUUGUGGCGUGCUGCUUGAAAUACAACCGAUAGGCCGCAAACCUAUCGUAGAACAUAUACGUGUUUGGGCCCUGUCACGACAUCAUGGUUUGCAAAAAAACCCUGCUGAAUGGGGUGCGUUUAGUUUUGGCGGUCCUGCUUUGGAAUCGAACAUGAGGAUGAUUUUACAAAGUCGUAUUGAGACAUACAUUUCUGUUCUGGAAGAGUAUUUAGCGAGUAAAGACCCCGACGCUGUGUUACGUAAUCAUCAGGCCCUUUAUGGUGUGUCUGAGUUGCCUAAAUUAGCGGGUUUUGUAGAUGCUUUACGACGUUUACCCGUGGACGGUAUAUAA